AUGUCUGCUUCGCGCGAGUCGAGCACGACUUCUGCCUCGUCGCCGAGCGAGGACGCGCCGAGCGUCGAAGCGCUAUUUCUGAUCCGCUUCGACAAGAAAGUCGGGUACACUGUGAGUUGGAAACGCACCGCGACGCCGGAUAUCGAGCUCGAGAAUGCGGUGGAAUAUAAAUCGUUGCCGUCGGGAUUGCAUUCUGUGCAGAGCGAUCUCGUGUACUUUACGCAUCAGGGAUAUGCUGGGCUGAGCGCGUUUGCGAAAGGCGAGGCGGGGGAUGAGGAGCGCAAUGCCAAGUUCAUUUCUGUAGGGGUGCUGGUGAAGAAGGAGGGCGAGUUUGGGCGGUUAGGACGGGCGUGGUUGCUUGCGGGGCGGUUGGAGAAAAUGGCUGCAGCGCUGGCCGAGGAUGCGGACACGGUGGCGCCGUUGGAGGAGUUUUGGAGGGAGCAGGUUGAGAGGAGGGGGUAUAGCAGUGAGGAUGGGGAUGGGGAGGGGAAAGGGUAUAGUAGGGAACGCGCCAUUUCGACGGUCAGCGCGGCGCUCAAGGAUGAGGAGAGCUUGCCGGCGUAUCAUCCUGCGCUGUCUAUCCAGCGGUUUCUGGAUGUGUUUGGGCCAUUGGUGUUUCGGUUGCAGCAGGCUGCGCUGUUGAGGAAGAGGAUACUGUUUGUGGGCAUUCCGCCUGUCAGGACGGCUUGCGAAUUCGUGUACAAUCUCUCCAUCCUCUCAAGCAUAUCACCACGCGACACCGAGCUCCUCACGCCCGGCACGGAAGAGCUGUUGCGCCUGCCCUGCCUCUUCUCGGUCGGUGUACAUGAAAUCCCAUACCUCGAAGACCUGAGCAAGCCAAAGCAUGGCAGACAUACUCCAGGUGACGAGACGUUGGCUGGAUGGGUGGCAUGCACGACGGAUGAAAUCAUCACCACCAAGACCAAGCUGUACGACAUCAUCGUCGAGCUCCCACAUACAUACGAUGCGCCACCGCAAGAAAGACGCUGGCCACGGAUACGGACGAGCGACGGCAGUCUGGUCAAGGCUAGCCAACGGGAUGUUUCACGCUACAAAAUGCUGCAUAGGGAGUUAUACAAGCAUCGUAACCGGUCACAGACAGCACCUGAAUCGUAUAGAGACGAUGAAGACGACGACACGGCACCGCUACUGUCACACGACGAGGUGUUGGGCCAAGGCGCCGACGAUGACUUCAACGAAGCAUACGACGAGACAGUUGUUGAGCCAAUGACUUGGUCACGGCUUGCAUACAUGGGCUACAUGUGGUGGGCAUCCGCGGGCGAGAGGGAUGCAUACGCAACUGCAGAGCACGAGGCGGAUCGCGAGCUCAUUGGCGACUUGGCCGAGUACUCUCAGUCGUUGGAAACAGCAAUUAUCGCAUACUUUCACCGCCAGUCCUCGCUACUCAUCCAGUCUCUGGCGCAAAUCAUCGAGGCCGACGAACAGGGCGAGCGCGACUGCGACGACGACGACGAUGACGACGGCAAGGCACUGAUUAUAGACCAGGACGACCUGUCACGCAUGGGACUCGAUACCUGGUCAGAAGCGGACCGGGCGUUUGUGCAGGAGUUUGGCAGUCUCUACUUUGGACGCACUGUUGGGGUCAAGGGCAGCGAGAUUGACUGCUGCGGGUUGAGGGUGCCUGUGUUCUAA